AUGAACUUCGGGGCCAAGAAGGACGACUCGGCCAAUGUGUUUGGUGGGGCCCAGAACAACGGUGCUGCUGCCAACCAAGGGGCGCCGAAGCCGGCAUUCUCCUUUGGCUCGCUGACACCAGCGGCGGGGGGUCUGUCGUUUCUGUUUGGCGGUGCUCUGAACACCAACAACACCGCCAGCGGCAACACCGGCGCCGCUCCCUCGUUCACGUUUGGUGCUAACAAAUCUGCUGCUACUGGUGGUAACGACAAUGCCUCCAAGCCGGCGUUUGGCGCUGCCAGCGGCGGGUUUGGCUCGCAAGCCUCGAACUCGAACGCCGGCGGUAUCUUCGGCAACAAGCCUGCCGCUUCUGGUCAGUCGUUGUUUGGUAACAAGGAUGGUGCUGCCUCCACUUUUGGCAGCAAUCAGGCCGACAAGCCGGCGGCACCGCUGUUUUCGCUCGGCGGCCAAUCUAACGAUAAACCCGCUACCGGUGGCAUUUUCGGUGCUAAACCUGAUGGACAACAACAAGCCUCGUCAGGAUUCUCAUUCGGGACGAAGGCGGCAGACAAGCCGGCCACUACUGGGGGAUUUUCUUUUGGGGCUAAGGCUGACGAUAAACCCGCUGCUUCAGGGGGUCUUUUCGGGGGCGCUGCUACCACUGGUGACAAACCCGCAGCCUCAGGAGGGUUGUUUGGUGCCAAAUCAGAUGAUAAGCCUGCUCUGACUGGGGGUUUGUUUGGUGCAAAACCUGCUGAUAAGCCGGCUACCACUGGCGGGUUAUUCGGUAACAAGCCUGCGGAUUCCACCGCCAACAAGCCUGCUGCUGGCUUUUCCUUUGGUACCAAAGCUGAUGACAAGAAGGACGAUAAGCCUGCUGGCAUCUCUUUUGGUACUAACACUACUGAUAAGCCUGCUGGCCUCAAUUUUGGCGCUCCUAAAGCUGAUGAAAAGAAGGAUGAUAAGCCCGCAGGGUUCGGGUUUGGUGCCAACACUGCUGACAAGCCGCUGACUGGUAUUUCUUUUGGUGCUAAAAUCGACGCCAAUGCCAGUAAACCUGCUGCUGGUGGGUUCUCUUUUGGCGCCAAGACUGACGACAAGGCUGCUGAAAAGCCUGCCACUACUGGUGGAUUCUCGUUUGGCGCUAAGACUGAUGCCAAUAAGGAUAAGCCUGCCACCCUCUCUUUUGGUGCUAAGACCGAUGACAAGAAGGACGAUCAACCCGCUACUAGUGGUUUCUCCUUUGGCGCUAAAAAGGACGACAAGCCCGCGGGCGGUUUGUUUGGUGCCAAGGCUGACGACAAAAAGGACGACAAGCCCGCCACUGGAGGGUUCUCGUUUGGUGCUAAGAAGGAUGACAAGAAGGACGACAAACCGGCUGGCGGCUUAUUCGGGGCUAAGACCGACGAAAAGAAGGACGACAAGCCUGCUGCUGGUGGUUUCUCGUUUGGGGCGAAGAAGGAUGACGCCAAGAAGGACGAAAAGUCUGCCACCACCACCACCACUGCUAGCGAGCCCGCUAAGGCUGAAGUGAACUUACAGCCGACUAAGAUCCAGCCCACCAAGAUCCUGAUUGAUAACAAGACCAUCGACGACCUCAUCACCAAGUGGCUGAAGCAAUUGACUGAGACCCAAGGCAUUUUCGAAAACUAUACUACCAAGGUCCAAGAAUGGGACCAACAGCUUGUGAAGCUGGGGGACGCCAUCGUUGCCCUUGACGCCGAUGCCAAUGCUGCUGAAGCGUUGCAAGGUAAGAUUGACCAGCAACUCCGAUUUGUGGAAUCGCAACAAGACGAAUUGGACAAAUUAUUAGACAACUACGAACAGCAAGCGGACCAGCUUCUCAGCACUGUCGACUUUUCGUCGACGGAGGCCGGUGGUGCCAAUGCUGGCCCUACCAACCAAUUGUCGCUUACGGACAAAUUGAGACAGCGGGCGUACCACAAUGCCGAGAUGCUUGACGAGCGCCUCGACACCUUGGGUGACAACUUGUCUGCCUUAGUCAGCGAGAUCAACUCGGUGCUGGACGUAUUCAACAAGCUGCUUAUCCUCGACUUUGCCAACGCCCAGGGGCUGAACCCGACCAAGGACGGCAGCCCCAUCGAGGAGAUCAUCAAGUUGUUGAACUUGCACCUCGACAACAUGAAGUACAUCGAGGGCGCCGAGCUGACGUUGAAGGAGAAGUUGGCUACCUACAAGAAGAAGUAA